AGGAAAGAUUGGCCUCGUCGGCCACCGUAUGAUGUCGUGGCAUUGCUAACGUACACAGACGUCCUACAGUUACUCCAGAACCGAUAGCUGUAAUUUCUAGCUUAUUUGGUCUGACUUUGUGUUCUUGCAGGGUACGUGCACCACCGGACAGUGCUACCUGUAGUGAUUCAAGAUGAGGCGCGCCGGUCUGGGUGAAGGAGGCUCUGGGAAUUAUGUAUCAAGUGGAUAUAGUGUGUAUGAAGAGGAAAACGAACACCUACAGGAAGGACUGAGAGCUAAAGUCAGCGCUUUGAAAAGUCUGUCUAUCGAUAUUGGAACGGAAGUCAGACACCAGAAUAAAAUGCUGGAUGAAAUGGACACAGACUUUGACUCAACAGGCGGCCUGCUUGGUGCCACCAUCGGCAGAGUCAAGCAACUGUCCAGAGGCAGUCAGACAAAACUGUUGUGCUACAUGCUGCUCUUCUGUUUUUUCGUCUUCUUCAUCCUGUACUGGUUCAUAAAGUUGAGGUGAUAGGAGAAGGACCAAGUUGGACUUGGUCCCUUAACUCAACAUCUUCCUUUCCAGUCUGUGCCAUGCUGAUGAAUUUCACAACUAGACCAACAUAAUGUUGAUGAGGAAAGGCAAGGUCUCAGUUUUACAGGUGCCCUUGUGUCUGAGAAUUUCAUGGAAUGACCCUAAAUUUGAGUCAUGGAAAGUGAUGCUAUUUAAUGAAGUCCCAACAUAUAAAACAGUGUCUGAGAUGAUGAAUGACUGCGUGAAGUGGGACUCAUGGUCAUUUGAAGUAGACACUGCCAGCAUAUGUAUGUGCUUGAUAUGUGGAUCGAGAAGAUGAGACAUAGAUGUAAAGACUGUAGGAAAUACUACUGUGUGAUAUCACUUUAAGGCAGUAGUGCACGCGUUGUAUGAUAAACACUGAUGAAAUGGCAAACCUGUUGAUGGAGCCCAAGUGAUUAAUUUAAAGAGUAAUACCUGAAACUAAUAACCUUGUCAAUUGUUAUGAAGAAUGAAUUGAUUUUACAGCAUUUGGCUUCCACAUAAAAAUGAAUAGCAGUGUGUGCGUUAUUGUUUCAACUUUGUUGUAAAAAAUAUUUUUAAUGUAAAUAAACAAAUUUUAUGCUGUAAACUGGCCAUCACAUGUGUGUGCUAGUGUUGAAAACAUUAUAAAUGAACUGUUUUUUUAAUGAAUUUCUCAAUGACACAAAGUUUUGCUGGAUAUUUAUUUUCCACAACAGUAAUUUUAUGCAUUAUUUUGCUGUUCUAAAAAAAUAGGUUUAGUCCUUAUAGGAUGAUCAAUGUUUAAACAACAAAUUACAUAAUAAAAUUCACAUUUGUAAGGUCAUGAAAAACAAGAAAAGAGGAGCUUCAUGAUUAUGUGUGUUUAAUCAGAAUUUUCUUUCUGACUGCAUACUGUAUAAUUAAAAGAAUCAUAGACAAAAUGCAAAACAAUCCAACUUCCUUGUAUAAGUCUAGAGUUUAAACUCUGCACUUAGGUAAUCUGUGUUGAACAACUUUGAUUAGCACAUUAUCAGAGGUGUUGAUGAUGUCACUUCUUGGGCAGCAUGUCCAUGUACUUGGAGAUGAUUCCCAGCAUGACCUCAUCAGCCCCUCCACCGAUCGACAUUAACCUGGAAUCCCUGUGGAGAAGACAACCGAUACCAGCUGGAGUUUAGUUUCUGUUAACUUCUACUUAAACAAAUUAUUUCUUCUCUCAAUGGAAGCAACAUUGUACAUCGUGUUACAUUUUUUUUGCCCCAUCAGUAGAUGUCAGUACAGUGUAAAAUAAGGGCUUACAGAAUUUGAAUACACUGAAUAAACAAAUGAGUCUUCAAGAA